AUGAAUCUCUCUUACUCCGCCUCGCCAACCUCUUCGAAUGGCUCGUACUUCUCCGAGACGUCCCGUCCAUCGUCGACGUCUCCGACGUUCUCCCGAUCGUCACUGAGCCAUUCGUCCAAAUGCCGCAUGGACGCCGGCCGCGGCUUCGAUCCGGAAGAUGACAUGCUAUUCUGUCCGGCUCUGGCCCCCACGGAACCGCUAGCUCCUCGCUCCUACGCCAAUAUCCAGUCGAAUUCGGUGCGUUCGCCAGAGUUCGUACCGCGGGAAGUCCGCACCACAAGUAUGCAGACUCCGCUCGCGGCCACUCUCCGCGCUCGGCGGGCUCUAGAGAUUAUUGACCCGGCAACUGGUCUCCGGGUCGAAUCUCCUAGGCCGGCCGGUCGCUAA